ACACCUUCUCAUACCACUACACAAAGUCACACCAACACCAUCAACCAUCCGCAUAAGCAGCCACAAAACCCCCGCUCGCACGCCAGCAUCAGCCGCCAGACUCCCGGCUGUGCCCAAGGCCCCUAACCGUCGGCUGCAGCCAGCGAAUCGAGCCCCGCUCACACAGGCGCCACCACUGGCUGCAACACUGGCCCCACCCCUGGCCCCGCACACCGCCUGCCCCCAGGCCCCAGGCCCCGCGCCCUGCCCCCAGCCGGCUCGCGCGCCCUGCCUCCAGCCCCCGGCUCGCGCGCCCCGUGAUGACCGCCGCGCACGACCCCGGCGCCCCAACACCAACACACGUCCGCGCACCACGGCUCCACCCCCUACGCUCCUCCGGCCGGGCGCCCCUCCUCCUCAUGAACUCCGACGACUUGCCCUCCUACCCGACGCCGCAGCAGGCCACGUACGCCAUGCCCGCCCAGGCCCAGCCGCCGCGCAGACCCGCCCCGCCCAAGCACUACGCGCCGGCGCCGCCGGCCUCGCACACAUCCAGCGCGUUUCCGGGCGGCUCCGCCGCGGCGCCGCCGGCCCUGGACCCGGCGUACCAGCACACGGGGCCGUACCAGGCGCUGCCGGGCCCGCAGCAGUACCACCCCCACCCGCACGUGACGCCCGCCGCCUCGCCCCACCACCACGCGCACGUCCCGUACCAGAGCCCCGGCUACACGCAGCAGCCCCCGUCCCACCAGCACCGCCCGGCACCGCCGCCUCAGCAGUACUAUGCGGCGGGCGCGCCGCGCGUG